AUGAAAGGAUAUGACGGUUAUUUUCUACUUGAGUAUCUCAUUGACCAGUCCAUACGCCCGAACAAAAUCAUUUACAGUGGUUCCAAAAUUAUGUAUAUGACGAUAGAAAAAGGUCUUAACAUCACAAUUAUAGACAGUUUGAAUUUUCUCCCCAUGAAGCUUGCUGCCCUGCCAAAGACGUUUGGCUUAACAGAGAUGAAAAAGGGUUGGUUUCCUCACUUAUGCAACACUAGGGAAAACCAGACUUAUAUUGGACCGUACCCAGACGCUAAAUAUUACGGAUAUGAUUUCAUGAGUGCCAGAGAACGAGAAGAAUUGUUGGCUUGGCUCGAUUCUAAGAAAGAAGAGACCUUUGACUUCCGAAAAGAAAUGCUUGAGUAUUGUCGUAGUGACGUUGAUAUUUUAAGAAAAGCUUGUUUAACCUUAAAAGAUUUGUUGAAAACCGCCACGCAGACUUCUGCCUUAUUAACGAAAAAGAAAAAGGGCAAGAUUGUUAAAGAGAUGUGUCCCGUCUCUGUUGACCCCUUUAACUAUUCAACCAUCGCUUCCGUGUGUAUGGGUAUCUUCAAAACCAAGUUUUUUGAAGAAGAAUGGGAGGUCAAAAUCAAUGACGCCAAAGAGUGGACACCUGCCCGAUACAUUGACGGUAACUUAGAAAUUCUGAAGAACGAUACUUGGAUUAAAGAAGGGCAUCUAGAAGAAGACGAUAUUAUCAAAACUAAACGGUUUAUAAAAUCUCCUAUUGCUCAAAUUCCGUCUGUCAGAAAAGACAGUUUCAGUCGGAUGUCUCUACAGUGGCUGGAGUUGAUGUCCAAACAAGAUGGUAUCACUAUUCAACACGCUCUCAAUGGCGGAGAAAAGACAUUACCGGGAACACGGUACAAAUUGGAUGGCUACUGUGCCGAAACCAAUACGGCUUACGAGUACCACGGUUGUGUCUUUCAUGGUUGUCCCGUCUGUUACGCAGAGGACACAAUUCACCCAUUAACUAGCCGGUCAAUGCGAGAACUCUACGUCAUGACCCAGAAGAAAAAGACGUAUAUUGAGCGUCUAGGAAUGACCUACAAAUGUAUUUGGGAACAUGAAUUUCAAAAUCAACUCCAUUCUGAUCCGAAACUUCAACAAUAUGUGACCUCUUUGGACUUUACUGACCGACUGGAUCCCCGAGAUAGUUUCUUUGGUGGUAGAACCAAUGCCAGUCGGCUUUACUAUAAAACUACAGGUGAUGAACAAAUCAAGUACAUCGAUUUUACUUCACUCUAUCCGUGGGUCAAUAAAUACUGUCAAUACCCUGUAGGACACCCUGAAAUAGUAACAUCAAAUUUCAAAACAAUCAGUGACUACUUUGGUAUUGCCAAAGUAAAAAUACUACCGCCUAGAGGACUCUAUCACCCAGUACUUCCUUACCGUUCAAAUGGAAAACUCAAGUUCCCACUAUGUAAAACAUGCGCCGAUACAGAAAACCAAAAUGAUUGCAUCUGUUCGAAAGAUGAAAGGGCGAUAAUUGGAACCUGGUGUACACCGGAACUUCAAACGGCUGUACAGCAAGGAUACACAAUCAUUCAAAUCUACGAAGUGUACCAUUGGUCUGACACGACAAAAUACAAUCCCUCUACACAAGAGGGGGGUCUGUUUGCCAAGUACAUCAACACCUUUCUCAAGUUCAAACAGGAGGCAAGCGGCCCUCCCGACUGGAUCAAAACUGAGGAGGAUGUCCUCAAAUAUAUCAAUGACUACUUUCAAAAGGAAGGCGUCUCGCUACAGAGUGAUAUGAUCCUUAAAAAUCCCGGAUUGAGGGCGUUGGCCAAGUUGUGCCUCAAUAGUUUCUGGGGUAAAUUCGGACAACGUCUUAACAUGCGACAAACACAGUUUUUCCACCAGUCGGAAGUGGACAAGUUUUUUCAAAUAUUCACUGAUCCUAUGAAACAACCGCAGAACUUUCACAUCGUCGCUGAAGACACACUUCAAAUGGAAUGGACGUACAAGAAUGACUGUCUACCUGUGGAUAACAAAACCAACAUUUAUUUGGCCACAUUCACGACCUGUUGGGCCAGACUUAAACUCUACAGUGUAUUAGAAGAUUUGGAUCGUCGAGUAAUCUACUUUGAUACCGAUUCUAUUGUCUACGUGAGUCAACCCGGUCAGUACGAUCCACCACUAGGUGACUAUCUGGGUGAACUCACCGAUGAGCUGAGUGAAGGUGAACACAUUGUCGAGUUUGUGUCUGCAGGUCCAAAAAACUACGCAUAUAAGACCAAUACAAACAACGAAACCUGCAAAGUGAGAGGUUUCACUUUACAUUUUACAAACAGUCAAAUGAUCAACUUUGACAGUGUGAAACAGAUAGUUACAUGCCCAGAAGCGCUAUCAGCAGUAACAGUAGUUAAUCCGAGAAAAAUAUGUAGGGACAAAAGAAAACGAAAGCUCUACAAUAGAAAAGAAGAAAAAACAUACCAAAUGGUAUACACGAAGCGUAGAAGAAUAGACAACUUUGAUACGGUACCUUAUGGUUACUGA